UGGGUCGUGCCCGAUUCAUUGGCGUUCAAGAACGCGCAGACGCUGCUUGGCCUGCCGGUCCCGGCUCAGAGGCUUGUGCCCAAGUACCAGUGACCGACAAAUCCGAGCCGAGCCGUGCCAUGGCUUUUAUUAGUGGGAUGAAAAUUUUUUCUCUCGAUCGGGGAUUGUGCGAGCCGAUGGUCUCCCCAAAAAAAUUUACUCGGCCUACCCGAUCCUGAGCUGCUCGCCCCUUCGUCCCUUUUGCCUUACGUUUCUUGUCGCUCUCUAAUUUACAGUCGGUAACGCAACUAAAUCACAAAAUGCUUCUGUAUAACGAUAUCAUCUCUGGUGACGAGCUCUUCUCGGAUGCCUACCCCAUCACCGAGGUCCCGGGUGCCUUCGAGGUCGACUGCGCCAUGGUCCAGACCGGUGGCGAUGUCAUCGAUAUCGGUGCCAACCCCUCGGCUGAGGACGGUGAGGAGGCCCUCGAGGAUGGUGUCGAGACCGUGAACAACGUUGUGCACUCGUUCCGCCUGGUCGAGACCCAGUUCGACAAGAAGUCGUACAUGGUCUACAUCAAGGGCUACAUGAAGGCUGUUGCCGCCAAGCUCGAGGAGACCAACCCUGAGCGCGUCGAGGGCUUCAAGAAGGACGCCGCUACCCUGGUCAAGAAGAUCCUGUCCAACAUCAAGGACUACGAGUUCUACACUGGCGAGUCCAUGGACCCGGAUGGCAUGGUUGCCCUGCUCAACUACCGUGCCGAUGGUGUCACCCCGUACUUCACCUUCUUCGCUGACGGUGUCAAGGCCCAGAAGCUCUAAAUUUCCCUCGCUAUCCUAACCAUUUUCUGAUAAAUAUACACUGGUUUAUCAGAAACACAGCACGCCCCCCU